AUGGCCGCCGACUCUGCGCCGCCCCCGUCGCUUUAUCAAGAGACACGCGUCUCCUUCGCGCCAGCGUCACCAAACACCACACUACACAUAAAUACUGCCGGCAACAGCAGCAGCAGCGCUCUGGUGCCUUUCAGCGCUGGACGCAAGCGCGGCUUUGACGAGAUCAGCGGCAAUGAUGAGGAGGCAUUUGCGCGCAAACACCUUGCCACGGAAGGCUCGGUUUUCUUCAGGUCGAAAGGCAGGAGUCCGCGCAGUUUUGUCUGGCGCGUCCUGAACGAUCGACGAUUACUCGAGCUGCGCUGUGUCGACAUCGUGCAUGACAGGCACAGCAAGAGCGAAUGUUGGCUCACAUACAAGAUUUCGUUCCAGGACAAGAUACUGCCAAAUGGUGUGGUCCUGGCAGAUUCGACGAGUAAAGACGAGCUGGACAUCUUCAUUCUGAGCGGAGACGAUCUCUUUACGAUCGCACUGCCGAAACAUCUUCUUGUGAGGGAGACAGCACCCACCGACUUCGACUCGACCACGGCAUUCAAGAAGUUUUCCCCCGCGACCUUUCACGGACAAAGACCUUAUCGAAUUAUAGCGGUCAGCAACCUUGAGCUAUUCGUGUCGCUACAAGAUGGCAGCCUUAUGCGUCUUGAACGAGAACCAAAUCAGAAUGGGGGCGACUGGCGCGUCACGUUCUUCAGCGAAGGAGGUUGGAGCGGCUCGCUCAGGCGCACGCUGCCCUGGGCUCGGCAAACCAUCAAAUUCGGAGACCUUACACUUGAUACUAAUGCCUGUGCUGCCAUUGCCAAGAGCCCUGAUGCAAAGUACAUCUGGACUGUUGGUUUGAACCACACUCUCAAAGCUUGGAGUGUGGAAACUGGAGGAAUAAUUGCGCAAAUGGAUAUGCUCGACGACAGGAAGAGGCAUGCCGAUGAGAAAAGAAAACAAGCAAAUUAUGCAAUGGGUGCUGAGCAAGGCACACUAUUGCAAAUCGUAAGCGCUAUGGGUGUCCCCGAUGUGCUUUACUUUAUCGUGCUGCAGUCUCCCAAGGAACACGAAUUCAAGUUUUAUGCCAUCAAGUCGGACGACAUUGAGCCUAUCAAGAUUCAUGAUACGCAAGCCAAUCAGGAGCCUCUCAUUGCACCGAUCGCAGAGAUGCUAGAUACAAACAUCUGGCAUUUGGCUGAUUUUACUGUCUCGCCCGGCAGAAAAUGGCAGAACAACCAAAUCUGGAUCCGAGCCAGGAGUGGCGCCGUCUGUCGGACUUUCAUGCUCAAUUUCAAUUUGAUUGACGACACAAACGCUGCGAUCCCCCUUGCCGAUCUUUGGAAACGAGGAUGGAGCAUUGUCAAGGAUUCGUCUGCAAGCAUCGAAAUCAUUAAACAAUGUCCAGAUUACAUCGAGCUCGAUCCAAGUGUCAGGACUAUUGCAGCGCCAAACGAGAAGUGGUUGGCCUUCAUAUUUUAUCCUGGUCGAUUCACCGAAGCCUCUUUAGAGACUGCGCUACACAUCUACCGCAAAGGCCGCAACCUUCCAGCAUCUACUGGACGCAGCUUUGCCGCGACUGAAGAGCCCUUGGAGCAGCGUCUCAUCACUGCCGUCACAUCCAAGAUCCUACUACGACGAACGUCGAAUGAUCAGCCUGACUACGACACAUAUCACCUUGAUCUUCAGGCUCAAUGGCAGACAUUCUUCUCCCUGCUAUCUCACAUCCACACACGCAGGCACGAAGUAAUAGGCUCUGCUUUUGAUCCCGAGGGUCGUCUGCCUUGGACCAUUUGUGCAGACUUUGUGGCUCCAUUACGCUUGAGCAGCGAGAUCGAGCUUCUGAGCAAUAAUUCUGGGCUCGUGAUAAACGGUCAAGUUUUAAACGAGGAAAGCCAGUACGACGAUGCUUUGAUGGACGGCAUCUGGCCACACGGCAAAGAAGACAUGACCAAGAGCGGCUUGUUUGCAGUUGCAGAGCAAUUUCGUCACUAUCUGUCGCCAACAUCUCAAGAGCGACUUCGGUCUGCUGCAGUACAAGAUGCUCUUAUUGCAUUACCGAACGACACGAUCGACGACUCACAACUCAAAGACCUCUGCGACCACUGUGCAUUCAGUGAUGACAUCACGGAUGAGGACUUCCAAGCCCUCAACGACUCUGCGUCCGCGUUCAAUGGAUUGGGCUGCUUGACAGACGACGUGUUCCUUGCGGUCACUGAAGGACUUGUCUUCUCGGAAGUCCACGGAGCUGAGUUCAAGCGCACUCUUGUACGCUUCGGCAAAGAUAUCGCUAUUGCCAUUGCACAGGAGACCAUACAGCGAAUCCAGCGUGUAUUAUUGGACUUGAUGGCACUUGUGAUUUUCAUGUACGCCGACUUGGAGGAUCUGUCGAUGGAAUUCCGGCCACUUGAAGUUUACGACAACCUGCGAACGCAGCUGAAACGCUCUGAGUAUCGAUCGUGGCUAGUCGCACAUCAAAGUGGUCGGAAGAACGACGAUACUCUAAUGACGCUCUAUGAGCAUCUAUUCCUUCCAGAUUGGAAUGACAUUGCUAAGGAGGCACCAAGUGCCGAAAUGCCCGAGCUCUUGACCGCCUGGAACCGCGACUGGGUCUUCGCUCUGGACCUCAAGAGCAGAUGGGAGGAAAUCACUGAUUGGAUCAUGUCCAAGCUUCUGAAAGAGGAACAAAACGACCUCGCUGCAGAUUUCAUCAAAUUCUUGUCACAAGGCGGAUCUUGGACUACAUAUCUUCAAGGUCGUUUACUCCUUGCUACAGGCGAGUACGAUCUAGCGGCUUCAUCUUUCCGAGACGCGGCUAAGGAAAUGAGCUCUGGACUGCUGCUUGGCGUUCGCGACAAUUCUGCUCAUCUUCUCGAUGCUACCGAGGUCAACCUGCUCGGAGGCGGCAUGGACAAGUACUUUGAGCAUAUUAUGUCGCUCUUUGAGAGUCUCAAAGUCUUCUCAUACACUGCAGAAUUUGCUCAGGCUGCUCUCAACAACAUCAAAGUGACCCCUCGCUGGCGGCAACAGCUGGCGGCGAUCGACCUGCGCAAGUCGCAAAACAAAUCUCCAGCUCCACAGCAGAUUGACGACGCAAUGGAGGAGAUACAUCUGCUUAGGGUGCGCGAUGGAACAGAAAAUCUUCUGAGCAGGCUGUUCAAUGCUUGGAAGGAGACGGGCCGAUUUGAAGAUGCACAUUCUGUGCUUGAGACCAUUAGCGACCCAAACUUGCAAAGGCAGGGUCUGUGCUCGCUUAUCGACAAAUGCAUCAAGCAAGACGCAGUCCCUGUCCUGCUCAGCUUGCCGAUUUCUGACGAUCUGGUACAGUAUGCCGAUGCGGAGCUCCUCAGGCUGGCGAAACGUAGCAUGGGCACGUCAAAUGCAGCAAUUUCGGGACCACCAUAUCACCAGAUUCUUUUCGCCUUCAGGACACAGAUCGGAGACUUCCGAGGAGCAGCGGCAUUACUUUACCUACAUCUUGAGCAUCUCAAGGCAACCAAGACGUCGAUCAUGAUGGAUCCUGAUGACGAGACACUUGUGCAGGUAUAUGUGCUUCUCAUCAGCACACUGGCUUGCUGCGCUGAGGACGAAGCAUGGCUGCUGGCGGAUCCACUCAAGGGCGUUCAUCCAUCGGGGGCCAAGAGGAGGCUGGUCAGGUUGGAAGACAUCAGGAGAGAGUAUGCUGCGGAGUUGGAUAAGAGGAGUGACAUUGAGCAAGGACGAUUUGCACUCGUUGGUGGUGACGAGAUGGACAUGCUAUAAUGUCUAAGCUCCUGCAGAACCAGUCAUGAAUGAUGACUUGAUAGCUUCGAUCAAAACGAUGAUCGAAAACACCCUUGUUCUAGGAAGAAACUCUAUCACGCUCAUAGUUCCUGAAGUGCUGAUCCUGUCCAGCCAAACGCCAGCAAGAAUGAAGACACUUUGACGACGAAGAUGCUCAGACUCUCGAGACUGCCAACGCGCUAGUCAAGCAUGAAAGAGUGUGUCUCGACUGGAUUUGGUGGCAUGAAGGACGCUGAGUAGGCUUGCAAUUCCAUAGCAUAGACUGUAUCCUCGCGAGUCAAAGCCUUGUCGACCG